GACUGUUGCCCAGUGUCACCCAUCUGCUGCUCGUGCAGAUCCCGACCUUCUCCCCUAGUCCGUGGCAGUUAUUCUUUUCUUUUCCUCUCUUCUUUCCAGCUGGAAUAUGAGAGACACCCGCACGGUCUGGGGCGCGUGGAUCGGAGAGACGGACACGAGGAGCCCGGCACAGGGCCAGAGCAUGGGGUGAUGAGGACUAUCCUCUGCUAACCUUAAUGCAGAUGACCAGUGAUGGCCACAGCAUCACCUCAACAUUUGUUGGAUGACCUAAGGAGCACAGGACAACAACAACAACAACAACAACAGGAAUUACCGAUCUCGCUGGAGGCGAUUGUCCUCACAAUCUUUCUCUCCAUUAUUAUCAUAAUGACAGUGUUUGGCAACCUGCUAGUGAUGGUGGCACUCUGCAAAGACAGACAUCUACGACGGAAGAAAACAAACUACUUCAUUGUGUCGCUGGCGUUUGCCGACUUGCUGGUUGCGUUGUUGGUGAUGCCUUUCGCUGCGAUCGAGCUGACCACCGGCCAGUGGAGAUACGGAGAAAACUUCUGCCUGGUCCGAACGUCUCUGGACGUCCUGUUGACUACAGCGUCCAUUCUGCACCUCUGUUGCAUUGCGCUGGACAGGUAUUACGCUAUCUGCUGCCAGCCGCUGGUCUACAGACACAAGAUGACCCCAGUCAGAGUGGCAGUGAUGCUCAGCGGCUGUUGGCUCAUCCCCAUAUUAAUCUCCUUCCUACCAAUCAUGCAAAACUGGAACGCCAUCGGCAUCGAGGACAUUAUUGAGGAGAGGCGAGCCUUGGCAGGAGGCUCCAACGACACAAGCUGUGUGUUUCUGGUCAACCGGCCGUACGCCCUGAUCUGCUCUUCGGUGGCCUUCUAUGUCCCGUUGGCCCUCAUGGUCCUGGCAUACCAGCGGAUCUACGUCACUGCCAUGACCCACGUGCGGCAGAUUGAGACACUACAGAGGGCCGGCUCCGCUCCUGUCACCGGGACGGCUCCGCUGAUCAGCCUGAGGCCCUCCACUUCCUCAGAUCCAUCGGAGACCAAUCGUCUUAGGCCAACAACGAGCUCCUCCUUAGAGCACGCCCCCAUAGCAAACAGCCGCAUGCGUGUUGAGACUAAAGCAGCAAAGACGCUGGCGAUUAUAAUGGGUUGUUUCUGCCUAUGCUGGGCGCCGUUCUUCAUCACUAACGUGGUGGACCCCUUCAUCCAUUACUCAGUGCCCUGGCAGCUGUGGACAGCCUGGCUGUGGCUUGGGUACAUUAAUUCAGGGUUGAAUCCCUUCCUGUACGCCUUUCUGAACCGGGCGUUUCGAAGGGCGUUUCUGGUGAUCCUCUGCUGUGGGGAUGAGCAGUACGCCCGGCGGGGGAGCUGCUCCUAUAGACACUCCCACAGAGUGUGCUCGGCUGUGUCCGCCAACGGCACGUCUACGGCACUAAGAUUGUCCUUCCUGCCAAACCGAAGCUACAGCGACAACGGGCGGACGAUACUGGCCAACGAGCAGUACUAGGACUCUUGGACAACUAUGAGGAUGUCCUUGACAGAGCUGUGGCAUCAGCAACUGAUGUGAGGGCCCUUUGAGUUCGUUUCGAAGACUUCAUGGCCGCUUGGAUUUCUCUUUGUUAACUGACCCGUUUAUGAGAAGGUUGUCUCAACCGGAUAUUCACUUUUUGAUCUAUCAUCAACAUAAGACUUUUGUUGGUGCUGUUCAGGGUCAGAGGCAUCAGACAAGUGCAGAAAGUCAGAUCUGACUCUCGGGGAACGAAUGAGGCAGGCUGGUGCAGAACUCAAAUACCAAUUGUAGAGUACUUGGGUCCAUGGACUGAAACACAAUGCCAAGGUGUUUCAGUCCGUGAAGAACUAUCCUUCUCAGUUGAACAACUGGAUCACAGGAGGGGAAGAGUGUGUCAGUGGUCCAGUGCCACAUAUCUCAGAAAACUGCAACAGACUACAAGCCAAACUCUGGCUGACAAGUGGGCUGGAAUAAGAGGCCUCUUUUGCUUUUAACCUCUCUGACGACAUCCCAUCACAGUUACAGCAGCGCUAACGGCCAGCUGCUCAAACAGUGGACUGCAGGUUUCAUUAAAGUUCAGUUUAUUGUACAGAAAUUUUGUAUUCUUGUCUUUUACCAGCAUUGAAUGUAAUGUCAAAAGUGGACAUUUUGUAUUUUUACCCUUCAUUUUAUAUUUCAUUUUGAAAUAGCUGAUAACAAAACACAAAAGGCAGCGGGUGUAAAAUUAGAAAUAAAUAAAUAAAAUACAUUUUUUGAUGAAAUACAGCAUCAUUGAAACGGUUUGUUGACCAUUGUGAUGAAACACUUGCCUAAACCUUUCAUGGCUCAUAAAAUAUCGUUGCACUUACCUCUGUGGGUUGGAAGUUUCCAAUGUGUUGUUAGUGAAGCUCUACAUCAUAGGAGCAAGGUGGAAAGCUUAAUGGCCAGUGUUGAAAUCACGCUUCCUGCAAGGGGAUACAUUUGACAUAUGUAAGAAUUUACUCAAGACUUCUUUGUGAAUGAAUAACACAUGGCUUUAAAGCACUGACAGUGCAUAUGCAUCCAAACGGACAUGCUGCCACCCAUAUAUCACAACAAGUAAAAGUUUGAGGACUCUUAAA